CGGCACCGCCGCGAUCAGCGCCGGCAGCAUCCCGGGCACGAUGGAGGGCGGGCGGCAGGUGGCGAACUUCGGGGCCGGGCCGGCGAAGCUGCCGCGCUCCGUAUUAUUAGAAGCACAGAAAGAGUUGGUGGACUACAAAGGACUUGGUAUAAGUGUUCUUGAAAUGAGCCACCGUUCCUCAGAUUUCACAAAAAUUUUAAAUAAAACGGAAAAUCUCAUGCGUGAAUUGCUAAAUAUACCAGACAACUACAAAGUUCUUUUCCUUCAAGGAGGUGGAUCUGCUCAGUUCAGUGCAGUCCCCCUUAACCUCAUUGGUUUAAAGGAGGGAAGACAGGCAGAUUAUGUGGUUACUGGAGGUUGGUCAGCAAAAGCAGCUAAAGAAGCAGAGAAGUAUGCCAAGGUGAAUAUCGUUCAUCCGAAACUGGGAACCUAUACAAACAUUCCUGACCCAAGCACUUGGAAUCUUAAUCCAGAUGCAUCUUAUGUCUAUUACUGUGCUAAUGAAACUGUCCAUGGUGUGGAGUUUGAUUUUGUACCUGAUGUCAAAGGAGCAGUCUUGGUUUGUGAUAUGUCAUCAAACUUCCUGUCCAGACCUGUGGAUGUUUCCAAGUUUGGUGUGAUUUUUGCUGGUGCUCAGAAAAAUGUUGGCUGUGCUGGAGUUACUGUUGUAAUAGUACGUGAGGACUUGUUGGGAUUUGCACUGAAGGAAUGCCCUGUCGUACUGGAUUACAAAACACAGGCAGCGAACAGCUCUUUGUAUAACACUCCUCCAUGCUACAGUAUUUAUAUCAUGGGAUUGGUACUGGAAUGGAUAAAGAAUAAUGGUGGAGCUGCAGCUAUGGAUAAACUUAGUUUAAUCAAAUCACGAAUGAUUUAUGAUAUUAUAGACAAAUCUAACGGAUUUUAUGCAUGUCCAGUGGAGAGAAAGAACCGAAGCAGAAUGAAUGUCCCUUUCCGUAUUGGCAGUGUUAAGGGUGAUGAAGCCCUGGAAAAGAAAUUUCUUGAGAAGGCUGUGGAACUUGACAUGAUAUCUCUGAAAGGACAUAGAUCUGUGGGAGGAAUCCGUGCCUCUUUAUAUAAUGCGGUGACUGUAGAAGAUGUUCAGAAGCUUGCAACAUUCAUGAGAAGCUUCAUGCAGAUGCAUCAGUCAUAAAUGCCCAUGGGUUAGAGCCAUGCUGCACGAAUUUGAAAUAAAAGCUAAAGAGUUUGAAAGUUACUGUGGUAGCACACAGCUAUAGCGCACAAGUUGUAUUUUCUUUUAGUUCCUGUAGCUAUUUUAGUUAACUGCGUGGAAUUGAGGCCCAGUCUUGCAAUGACUUGGCAGUCUUGUUUUUGCUGAAGGUUAGGAUCCCUAGACUGAUCAUUUGAAAAACAGUAUUCUCAACGUGUAGUUAAGAUUUGAGUAGCAUUGUAAGGUGCUAUGGAUCUGAGUCUGUUUCUUGCUUCUAGUCACAAAGUACUUCAGCAGUGUCUUGUUUUAAGUAAACUUCAGGAAGUAAAAUUUGUCAUAAGCUUUCUGUAAUGCUUUACAAAUACUCUGUGACUGCACAAUGAAGCUAACAUGGUCCGUAAGGACAUCUAGUUGGCUUAUUGGAUAUAUUCCAACAGUAUACCACCAGCAGUAUUUAGGAGUUAAUAUCAGUGUUCCUAACUUGAAAACCCUGCCUUCGGACUACUGCUCCUGUGCUUGAAGUACUGUCAUAACAAUUGCAAAUAACCAGUUGCAGUUAAAGUCUGCAGGACUGGGCCUCUUUUCCUGUUAUCAUUUAUUAGUUUAAAGCUAAGAUUCAUGAGUCUGAUUAAGUCAAUUUAUAAGAUUUUUUUAUUUCUCUAUGCAUUUUGUAUAUUAAAAUCCUAGAUUAUUAAUUUUAUAUUCUUAUUUUGUAGUAUGCAUAUUUGCUGCUCCCAAAUACUUGUUCUUAAUUUGUUAACUUUGUGCCAAACUGAAUUGCUGUAUUCCACCCAGUGGACUGGUGACUUUCUCUGCACUGACUUCCUAGCCCAAAAUGCAGCAGACUUUCUUGACUGGUGCUUCUUAAAUGUCUUCCCUCUCCAAUUGCUCCAGUACUUUUUCUGCCUCUUCCUUGUUUCAGUUCUGUAGGCUUUUGUACUUGGAGCUUUGUCCAGCUGCAGUAAAUGCAAGUCUUGUCCUCUGGGCACUCUCUGCUGGGUUAAGAACUGGCUGGAUGGCCAGGCCCAGAGAGUGCUGGUGAACGGGGCUGCAUCCAGCUGGGGGCCGGUCACCAGUGGUGUCCCCAGGGAUCAGUGCUGGGCCCAGUCCUGUUUAACAUCUUUAUCGAUGACCUAGAUGAGGGGAUUGAGUCCAUCAUCAGCAAAUUUGCUGAUGACACCAAGUUGGGACGGAGUGUCGGCCUGCUGGAAGGCAGGAGGGCUCUACAGAGGGACCUGGAUAGGCUGGAGAGCUGGGCUGAUUCCAAUGGGAUGAAGUUCAACAAGGCCAAGUGCUUUGGCCACAACAACCCCCUGCAGCGCUACAGGCUGGGGACAGAGUGGCUGGAGAGCAGCCAGGUGGAAAGGGACCUGGGGGUGCUGAUUGACAGGAGGCUGAACAUGAGCCAGCAGUGUGCCCAGGUGGCCAAGAAGGCCAAUGGCAUCCCGGCCUGGAUCAGGAACAGUGUGGCCAGCAGGAGCAGGGAAGUGAUCCUUCCCCUGUACUCAGUGCUGGUGAGGCCACCCCUGGAGUGCUGUGUCCAGUUCUGGGCCCCUCAGUUCAGGAAGGACAUUGAGGUGCUGGAGCAGGUCCAGAGAAGAGCAACCAGGCUGGUGAAGGGACUUGAGCACAGGUCCUAUGAGGAGAGGCUGAGGGAGCUGGGGUUGUUUAGUCUGGAGAAGAGGAGGCUCAGGGGAGACCUCAUCACUCUCUACAACUCCUUGAGAGGGGGUUGUAGCCAGGUGGGGGUCGGUCUCUUCUCCCAGGCAAUCAGCAGUAGUACAAGAGGGCACGGGCUUAAGCUCUACCAGAGGAGGUUUAGGUUGGAUAUUAGAAAGAAGUUCUUUACAGAGAGAGUGAUCAGGCAUUGGAAGGGCCUGCCCAGAGAGGUGGUGGAUUCACUGCCCUGGAGGUUUUUAAGAUGAGGCUGGAUGUGGCACUGAGUGCCAUGAUCUAGUAAUCACAGUGGGGUUGGAUCAAGGGUUGGACUUGAUGAUCUCAGAGGUCUCUUCCAACCCAGUUAAUUCUAUGAUUCUGUGAUUCUAUGAUUCUAUGAUUCUGCCUUUUCCUGACACUACAUCACAUUUUUGGACCUUCUUUCACGCUUGAUCCUUCUACCUUAUUGCAGACUUUGAUACUCUGGGCUAGAGAAGGAACUAUGCUUAUGCAAAGAUCUUUAGAAGAUCUUCUAGUAUAGUACCCUUGAGUUACUUUUGUUUCUCAACUUGUAACUUUACCAUAUGUGACCAUGUAUUGACACUAACUUCCUAUUUUAACUUGCAUAGAAGCUAUCUCCUACUGUCACAGUGUUUAGCAUUACUGCAGAUUGUGAACUCUUUGGUUCAGAAUGGGGAUUUUUUUUUUUUUAUUUUUAUGUAACGUCAGUACAGUAGUAACAAUUUAAUAAUGAUAAUGAUGUAUUGUCCCUUUGUUGAUGGAACUUCACAGCAAGUCAGGGGAAUGUGCUGGGUUUUAGUUACAUUCCUGUCUGAAAAGUCAUCAUUUUAAGACUACUAUUUUGAGUUUUUUGUCAACUUAGUUUAACGCAAAGUAAUUAAACAAAUUAUGUGAAGAAAAUAAAACUUAAUCAUGUCAUGACGUGAA